AUGUCUUCUUUCGACAAAUACCUACAAGUGCUCAAUUCACUCAUUUUUGAAGAGGAACGUGUUGUUUCUUACAAAUGCCUUGGCCAGUAUCUCGGCGUACACCUGAACAUUGCUAAACAAAUACUUUUGAAGUUUGCAAAUACACAAUCAACUUCUGAAAAAGGAGUUCACGCCAUUUUCUAUCUCUGUGGAAUAACCCAAGAUGACCGGUCGCUUGUUACCCUCGUGCCCCAAGAAGAACUUGAAUCCACAAAAAGCGCAUUUAAAUCACUGUCAAGUGUUCAUGUAUACAGUAUUCAACUCUCUAAGCCCAUUAAUUCAUCUGUAGUUGUUCCUACAAAUCGUGAAUUUCGAACAUUAACAGUAAAUGAUCCGACAACAAUAAAUCAAAUUAUUAAUAAUAAAAACAUCACAGUCAAAGAUUCUCAAAAAAAACCUCAUUCGAUUAAUACUUCUACUGUUAACCAACAAUCAUCAUCAGCACACUCGAAACCAUCAAAUAAGAGUAGUUCACAACAACAACGGCACGCUGAAAACUCUCUAGUGUCAAAGAGUCAAACGUCGUCCAGAUUGAAAACUUCAACAAAGGCUUUGCUUGAUAAGAAAUCGCUCAACAUCAAAAAAGUUAACGGAAAAACAUCACCAAAGACAAAGACUGCCUCGAAAAUCACCGGGAAGAAGUCAAAAGAACCAAAGAGGAUUAUUGUGGAGAUAUCAGACGACGAAGAUGAGGAGAAUGAGGAGGAACGAGAUCGUCGAUUGGCAAGCAUGAAUGAGAUGACAAUGGAAAACAAUGAACAACAAACCACAAUAACAUCGCAAGAAUCAAUUCCGAAACGUCGACGUGCAAAACGAAAAAUUGCCAAACAAAGGACAUCAAAAAACUCUCGUGGAUAUGACGUUGUUGAGAAUGUUUAUGAAUCGGAAUCUUAUUCCGAGGAUGAUUUUGAAACGCCACCGCCACAACCUACUUAUAAACCUAAACCUAAAACAAUGACAACUAAGCCGCAGCAACAGCAAUCAGAAAAGCCUCUCACUGAAAAUUCAGAAAAGCCAAAAAAGACUAGCAAAAAGAAGAAUAGUGUGAUGCCGGGACAGUCGAAAUUGUCGGCCUUUUGGAAAAAAUGA